GACUAUAAAAGGGGGCCAAAAACAAUUCAUUCUCAUUAUCUACGAAAGAAGCGAAGCUAGUUUGGCUUUCGUGAUUCAAAGAAGCAAUGGGAAGAGGCAAGUUCAAAGGCAAGCCCACCGGUCAACGCAUGUUCUCCUCCCCCGAAGACAUACUUGCUGGAAACUCUUCCAGGCCUCCUACUUUUAAGCAGGAAGAAGCUGAAUACGAUGAGGAAGUGUCCGAGGAGGAAGCUGGAGAAGAAUCUGAAGAGCAAACUGAACAGAGACGGAAAGGACUUGAAGGUUUGAUUGAGAUCAAUAACCCUAACUUAGUCAAGUCGAAGAAUUUGAAAGCUAAAGAUAUUGAUUUUGGGAGACCAACCGAACUUUCAAGGCGUGAAAGAGAGGAGCUGGAGAAGCAGAGAUCCCAUGAACGUUACAUGAAGCUACAAGAACAGGGGAAAACAGAAAAAGCAAGACAAGAUUUAGAACGUUUAGCACUUAUACGGCAGCAAAGGGCUGAAGCAGCUAAAAGAAGGGAAGAAGAAAGGGCAGCUAAAGAGCAGAAGAAGGCUGAAGGUCGGAAAUGACAUUCCUAGAGAUUAUUUAUGUGAAACUAAGUGCAGGAAAUAUAUACUCUAUAGAUUGUAUUUUUUAAUCCUAUUAUUUCAUUUGAAGCAAAUAUAUCUACAGUUCGCAAAAGUUUUUCCCUUUUGCCUGACUUGAGUAGUGGUGGUGGUUGGGGUGGAUUCGAAUAAAUAGAUUUUAAUUUAUGUUUGGCUCGAACGAGCCUGUAAUUGAAAUUAAACAACUUUGUUUGAAAAUAAGGGUUUGUUGUUUA